CGUUUGUAAAAUGUAGACAACAAGUGCUAUAAAGCCUCUUUGAGAUUACGUUAUUGCUGCUCUCUCUCUCUGAAAGAAACUUUUGGGCAGAGAGAAAUAUAAAUCUCUUUUGUUUCAGAGAGAAAUAUAAAUCUCUUUUUAGCAACUGAAAAAAUGGCUUCGGAUCCCAAGACCCACAAGUUUGAGGACGUGGCUAUCCACAACAAAACUAAGGAUUGCUGGCUUAUCAUUGCUGGAAAGGUGUAUGAUGUCACGCCAUUCAUGGAUGAUCACCCUGGAGGUGAUGAGGUCCUUCUAGCAGCAACAGGGAAAGACGCAACAGAUGAUUUCGAAGACACUGGUCACAGUGAUAAUGCUAGAGAGAUGAUGGACAAGUACUACAUUGGCGAGAUAGACCCCUCAACUGUUCCCCAGAAACGCACUUAUGUUGCACCGCAGCAAGCUCACUACAAUCCUGACAAGACCCAGGAGUUUGUGAUCAAGAUUUUACAGUUUCUUGUCCCUAUCUUGAUCUUGGGUUUAGCAUUUGCAGUUCGACAAUACACCAAAGAGAAAUAGGCGGUUGUAAGUUAUGUCCAGGAUCAGAUGGUUGCACUGAGCUUCCAAAUUCAGAAGUUAUAACAGUUACUUUUAAUAGUGUUUAUGUCCGCUGAACUUGAACAUGAGUUCAUAAUUUGAUCCCUAGUGUCAGUUCUGAUUCUUGGAUGUCUUAUUGUAUCACCGAAGACUAAAGUUGUGUUCUGUUAUGUGACAAUCGGCAGAGUAUUGUGGCAUUUCUCGGGGACCUAUUUGCCCUCGUUGAAAUGUUACUUUACGUCUUUUUAUCAAUCCUUUUUCCUAGUUGUGGUAAACAUUUCAUUUCGUCCAUUGUUAACUAGUUCAGAAGCAUAAUGCUCUGAUCUUCUGAUGUGGUUUAAGCUGCAUUGAACAUCAAUAAUAUAGUAAUUUUGUUAUUUUUUUUUC